AUGCUGCAUUUUGCCUGGGUCACCACUUCAGUAGUGGAGGUGGAACUCAAGCAGGUUGGUGAGGACCCAGAAAGCUGCUGCCUUCUGCUACAGGUCAGUGAGAGGCACCUGCUGGAGUUCUUCCAAGCCUACCUGAAGGAGAAGGCUUAUGACAGAGAGAUGGAUAACUGCUUCACCAACCGCAUCAUCCAGUGGAUCAGAGACCUUGACAAACCUGAGGAAGCCCUGCUCAGAACCUUCAUCUCUACCUUCUCCAAGACCAACAAACCAACAGCAGGUGCAGUGCUCUCUGCCCUGGUGGAGAAGAUGUGCUGGGAGAUGAGGAAGCUGAGGAGUGUGGACACCUUUGAUGACACCACUGGGCCUGUCCUUGCAAACCUGCUCAGAAUCAGAGUCUGUGACCUCAUUUCUGCUCUCCACGAGUGGGAGCUGACUUGCCAGCUGCAGAUCAGCGACAGCGCCAAGCUCCUCCUGUCCCAGGUGUUCACUCUCUCCAACUUCGUGGGCCAUCGUCUCCUCCAGGGAGACCUUCCCUGCAGCACCCUCAGAGAGAUCCUGAAGCAGAAGGAGUCCUUUAGGGACCUGGUGUGCACCUGCGAUUCCUCUUUCUGCAAGGUGAUUGCCACGGUGCUGGAGGUCAGGCAAGGAGAGUUUGAGCAGCUGGAAGAGCAGAAGCAGCAGAGACGUUCCUUCCUCCGCCUGUGCCGUGGCAUUGAGGACAUGAUCAAAGUGGACAGAAGCGCCGUGGAGAAAAGCAUCAGUGACAGCGGAAGUUUGAAGGAGCAGAUGGUGGUGCAGGUGUUCUCCCUCGAUGGCAGGAGAGAGAUGAGCUCCCACGAGCUCUCCCAGUACAGCCAGAUGAUGCAGAAGCUUCUCGUGCUGGAGAGGAGCCAAUGCUUCCUCAGGCUGUGGAAGAUGAGAGCAGAGCAGGCCAAAGCUGCAAGCCCUGAGGACCGACUCUUCUCUGUGGAGGACGUUCAGGAGCAGAUCUACAAACCAGCCAUCGCCGACUUCCAGAGCACCUACCUGGCCCUCAGAGACUUCUCCAUCACCCUUGGGGAGGUGAAGGGCCAGUUUGAGAAGCUGCUGGACAAGAAGGAUCAGCUCCUGGAUGAGUUUACAGUCAUGGAGGAGAGCGAAGGGCAGGAGGGUGGAGGAGCUGCUUGGAUCACAAAGGCGGUGGAGAGGAUUGAAACCUACCUGACCCUCUCCAAGGUGGUGACCACGGCCAAGGUGAUCGAUGCUCUGCGGCAGGAGCUUCAGCUGGAGGGAGACUUCCAGGUCCUCAGUGACCUGACAGGAUACGAAGAGGAGGAAUUCCAGAAGAAGAGACUUGAUUUCAUGACUGAAGAUGUCAUGAACGUUCAACAAAGCUUGAGUGACAUCCCCCAGCGAGUCUUGGACUUCUUGAAGGAACUUCUGGCAUGCACAAGGAAAGAGUUUACCUCCUGGAUUAAGACCAUCAUAAAAGACAAGACAGAGAUCCCAGUCUUCGUGGAGCUGGCCUCCAUCUCCGCGGGGGAGAGCGACAUGGACAUCGACCGCGUCAAGUUCUUCCGCGACGCCAUGGCUGCCGCCGCCCCAAUCGUCUACGACCUGAGUCCCACUGAUGGCUUUGACCAGUUCAUUGCAGCCUUGGCCUUCGUCACAGAGGCAGUCACCAAAGACCCCAAGCUGCCCAAGAAGCUGAAAGACUCCUGUGACCACCGUGAGUGGAUCCAGGCAGUCCAUGAAUUCCAUGGCUCUGUGGAACGUUCCUCCAUCUCUCAAGCCAGAAGCAUCAAUGGAAAUGGAGUGUUCAUCAUCUCAGCACCUCCAAAGUUCAAGGCUACGCUGGAGGACUGUGUGUGGCUGCAGCUGCGGGGGGGCAGCGAGGACUGCAUGGCUCCAGCUGAGCACAGCACCAGGCCGUACCAACUGUCCCAGCUCACCGAGCUGCAGAACAAGCUCAUGCUGAUUGCCACUAAGGUUGAGGAGGGCAGAGAGGAGGCCAACCGCUUCUUGGAGAUCCUGGAAAAAGUCAAAACAAUUGGGACAUUGUACCUGGAGCUUCUCAGUGUCGGCAACAUCCUCUUCAAGGACUGGAUGGCUGAGAUCUACUGCAACCCUGAGCAGCAUGUGAAGGUCUACACUGAGUUUGGCAUUGCUGGGAAACUUGUGCAGACCACCAAACCUCUCCUGGAGGAGCUGGGCAGCCUCUCUAAAGCGAUGGAGCACUGCUUGAGAGAGUGGAAGAAGUACUUGGAGACUCAGAGGAACACCUACUAUCAUCUCAACCUCUUCACUGCUCAGCAGCUCUUCUAUUUAUGCAGCCAACUGGCCAGUGUCCAGAAGGGCAUCGUGGAACCUCAGGUCCUCAUCAUGCUCUCCUCCAUCAAGCAUGACAUCAAAGAAGAAGAUGUCAAGAAAGCCCUGGAGGAUGCCUUGAUGACGCCUCUGGAGCCUGUGGACAAGCUGGCAGGAGAAGAGGAGGGGGUCACCUGGCACGAUUACAUCAUUCGCUUCCCCCAGAUGAUCAAGAGCUUGGCUGAGUCAGGCUACGACGAGGCGGUGGCCAAGGCAGCCCUGCAGAGCUGCUUGGGUAACUCACCCAUCACGGAGCAGAUGCUGAUGGAGUUUGCCUUUGAGCAAGGGGACGACGAGCAGCGGGUGACAGAGCUCAGCGCCUUGUACGAGGACACCAGAGAAGCCUUCCUGCAGAAGAAGCGCAAGUUCAAGACAGAUCCCAGAGGAGUUGGCCAGGUUUUCUUCAGCACCUUGGCCCAGGAGGGGGUGGAUGCCUCCUUCGAGAGCUUGCCAUCCAUCUCUGACAAGGUCAGCGUGCUCUGGGAUGCCUACUGCAGGAAGUUCUCCGGCCUGGUGUCUGACAAAUACGUUGGGGUGGAUGUUCUGGGGGAGAUGCUGAAGCGGUUGGUGGAUCUGCAGACCACCCGUGUGGAGAGGAGCUUGCCUGUUGGCUUGGAAGCUGGGAAGCCUCUUCUCAUCAUGUGCAAGGAGGAGGAGAUGUUACCCAACAUGCUGUCGGUCUACAGGCACACAGAGACAGCUCCUCUCCCAUCCUACGAUGAGGUCCUGGUGUGCACACCCGACACGGAGGAGGAGGAGGUGGAGCUGCUCGUCAGGAGAGCUCUUUCUGAAGGCUCUCAAGACCAGAAGAUCUUCUGCUUGCUGGGGGCUGACAAAUUGGUCUACAAAGUCUCUGAGCGACUUGAGUUCCACUUCUUCAGCCUGGCGCAAUCCUCCAGAGUGCCCAACUACAGGUUCCUCAUCUUCUGCAAUGCCAAAGCCCACAACUCCUAUGUCAUUACAGCCUUUGAUGCCUACAAGGUGACCUUC